AAUUUGUGUACAAGCACAGUCAAGAACCGGUUUAUUUAUGCGCAUGCCAACGUGUGCACGUAGCGCGAGCGGUGUGUGCAGACGCGUAAAAUAACUGCUGGGAUAUAACCGCAGCGCAUGAAACAUUCUGACGAAACCAUAGUUUAUAAGAACGAAACCGAAAACGUUUACCUUUAGUCGGCAAAUCUUCGGCGUCUGGUAACUAUGGGUCGCGCUGUGCAGGAAAGCAACAACAGGCGGCCUCGUCACGCGGCAGCAACUGAUGUAAGCGACGCGCAACAAUUUAACUGCGCAAUUUUAUAACGUCGCGAUUGCGCUGCACGCUUUGUGACUUCCCGAUGGAGGCAUAAUGUGCUUUCUCCGCUGUUGCCGACUUAUGUUGGCGCGACGCAGUGAAGAAAAGUGAGCUGAACGAGUUGAACUCUUGCCAAGAUCUCGAGGCGACGUCGGCUGCUGCCUGUGUUCUCGGUUGUGGGGAGUUUAUUUUCUUCCGUCUUUUCUGAUGAGUACGCGCUGCGGGAACUGCAAGGAAAACACCGCGGAAGUCGAAGGCUUUUUUUGGACAGGCGUUGAACCACUCGCCACGGGCGCUUUAUCGUCGAAGACCAGACCGCAGAGCCGUCGCGAAACCAGGUCAUGUCGUCGUUCUCGUCUGCGACCAAAGUGUUCGGUGUGUCCCUGCUCGCCGUCCCAACGACGUACGCAUUCAACGUGGUCGCCCAGCUACUCAAGUGGGAUAGCGCCUUGCCCGUUUGUGUGGGCGUAGCAGUGGUACUUGUGGCCGUAGCCGGCCUCUUAUUUUGGGCCACGGGCAGGAAGGCCCCGUUGGCGGACGGCCGAAAACGCGAACAGAUAUGGUUCUACGCCUUGGCGGUAUCUGCAUUUGCAAGCGUUGCAUCCCUUACUGUGGGCCUAGAGCUAGAUGGAAUCAUAUCAGGCUUUGUCAAUGUGUACCUGAAGGUUGGUGAACCAUACCUCCGGUGCAGCCAUGGAGCCAUGGCGUCAUACUGGCACGGGACUGUGAUGUACGCCAUGCAUCUGAUGAUGUUGGCCGCACUGACUUGGGAUGGUAACCUCUACAAUGUUGCCCUCUUCUGGUGUGGUUCAAAUGUCAACAGCACACUUGUGCUUCUGCUUGGAGUUGCAACAGGAAAACAUGGCAUCACACCAGGGGCCGUGUUCUACCUUCUGGUAGCCUUUGCUGCUCCCUGCUUCCUCUACCAACUGAGACAUCAGAGGAUUGCCCCUGUGGUGACUGGCCCAAGGGAACGUUUGUUCAAACGCAAGCAAGAUAUUGUCUUGCUUUUUUACCUACUCACUGCAAGCUUUAUAACCAUAUUUAGAGGAUUGGCGGUGUUAGGAACAAACAUUGGCUGGAUAAAUCGUUAUGUUGCAAACGUAGAGCCAUACCUCCUACACAGAGACCCUGCCCCAUUCCCAAAGAUGCAGAUGCUUGUGUACCUUUUCCACCAUCUUCCUCUACAAUUCGCCAGUGCCUAUGCAAUACUUGUGCCUGGUUGCCAGUGGAUGCCAGACCUCAGUCUUCUCAUGGCUGGUGCUGUGUUGCAGGGACAAGUGACACACAUCGGCGCAUCGUUCCAUCCACGUACACCAUAUGUGAUGCGGGUGCCUCCUGAGCCAGCCUCGUGGCUUGCCUUCUGGAUUGUGAACCUCCUGCUGGCCCUGGGGUUCCAAUGCCUAGCAUACAGGUGCAACAGCGAAACUCAGUUUUUUGCUGUGCUGCGCUCACAUAGCAACCGACGAAUGUCCUAGCCGAUCAUAGGAUGUAUAUCCCUACUCAGCGACUAUAGGUCAUCUAAGCGGCAUGGCAUGUCCAAGCAGUGUGCCUACCUCUCUUCACUGCUUUGGCACAAGCCGUUGACAAACCCCUGCAAUGUUGGCAUGAAAUCUAGAAAACUUAGCAACAGUUAAGAGGAGAAGCCAAAUAUUUUUUUUUUUUUCAAUGGCUGGGGCACUAAAAAGUGUGGAAGACACUUCAUGAUAUUUUUCCUAGCUUCUGCUCCUACUUGUUUUAUUGAGCUUUUUGUUAAAUUUGUUUGAAGCACAGCAUCAGUAUAGCUGAAAAUGCUUUUUUCUCUGCUAAGCAUGUAGAAAUAUUUGGUCAGUGUAAAGCAUUUGCAUGACAAAACAAAAAAACUUCUCAAAGUGGCCAGCAUGCUGCAGGAAGGCCAAUUGGCUCCAUGUGAUUUUAAGAGCCAUAGUUGGCACAUGCUGAGCUGCUUAGCUAUGAGACACAUGUAAAUCUCAUGAGUGUGUUUGUUACCAGUUGUAUUGGAAUACUAGCAUCAUUUGUCAAAACAAGCAAGUUUUGCCUACAUUAACAAAUGGAAUUAAAUAAAUUUAUUUACUGUAGCAUUUGCUUUCUUGCAAAGGAGGGUUGCGAGAUGUAAGGUCAUUUGUUGACGUGUGGCAAUGCGAGUGGCUUACUGAUCCAUGGUCAUGGUGGAGAAUACUCUGGUUAUUGCUGGCCUUUUAUCACAGUUUUGUUUGGUUGUUGUGAUUGCUUUGUUUUCAGGUUCUUGUCAUUGUUUGUUGACGUUUUGACACUCUUGGAGGCAUUGCCUGUGUGCAUGCACUGAAACAUCACAAGAUGUAGAUUGCUUGCUUGCGCAGACUGUAGUUGAUGUUUAUGUGAUGCUCUCUUGAUCAUAGUUUGUUGUAUGGACAUUUGCAUUGUCUUUCUUUAUCACAAAAAGUAGAUCUUAUGAGAGAGGCCUUUGAAAUACUACCACCCACACAUUGCAUGUCUCUGACAUAUUCUCAGUGCACUGAUGUGACGUCUAUUUCACACCAGGUGAUGUCUAUGCUGUAAUCCUGGAUAAGUUCACUAUGUGUAAAAUCACAAGGAGUACUAUUCAGCCUUGAUGCAGCAUGCGCAUCAUGUAGUGUAAAAUGAUACGAUGCCAUGCCAAAAGUAUGUUGGAAAUAUGUUGCACAUAAUUACCGCUUUUGAAACGUUGUGAAUGUCAUGUUUUGGUACUUUUGUUUGGUAAGUUCAUGUUUUUGUACAUAUUGUAGCUGUGGAAGUGAACAAAAAAAAGUAUGGUUGUGUGACCCCACUGCUAUGUUGGCACCAACUGGUGUUGUGGCAAGAAAAAUUAUAAACAUGACUUUUGUGUAUCCUUGCUGGUGAAAAUGCAGAACAAAGCUUAGUAUGGGCCUUUGUAGCCGUCCUGAGGCUUUUUAUAAAUGGAGUUCCUAGUCAAAGGUGAAUUUCACUUUCUUGAUGUGUAGUUGUAGUUAAAGCAGCUGCUGUGGACCAACUGCUUUAAGUGUGUCACUUUUAACAGCUUGAUAUUUUUCACGAUGAUUAACACGUGCACUGUGGCAUUGGUCACCUAUGAGUCAUGUUGGUUACUGCCCCUGAGUGGCUGUGAAAAUGCAGGUAGAGAUCUUAUGAUCAAUGAUAUAUCAGUAGAUAUAUGAUCAUAUGAUAUAUGAUCAGUAGAUAUAUGAUCAGGGCACAUUAAAAAAUUCUUGUUGCUUUAGGAUACAAGCACUGGGGCUGCCCUUCUAGGGCUCAAGAAGGGUGAAAGUGCAUGACCCACUGGUGGAUCAUGAUUCACAGGAAUCGCAACCUCUUAUGAUCAGUAGAUAUAUGAUUAGUGAACAUUAAAAAAAUUCUUGUUGCUUUAGAAUACAAGCACUGGUGUUGCCAUUCUAGGGCUCAAGAAGGGUAAGAGUUCAUGACCCACUGGUGGAUCAUGAUCCACAGGAAUCGCAACCUCUUAUGAUCAGUAGAUAUAUGAUUAGUGAACAUUAAAAAAAUUCUUGUUGCUUUAGAAUACAAGCACUGGUGUUGCCCUUCUAGGGCUCAAGAAGGGUAAGAGUUCAUGACCCACUGGUGGAUCAUGAUUCACAGGAAUCGCAACCUUGUAUGAUCAGUAGAUAUAUGAUUAGUGAACAUUAAAAAAAUUCUUGUUGCUUUAGAAUACAAGCACUGGUGUUGCCCUUCUAGGGCUCAAGAAGGGUAAGAGUUCAUGACCCACUGGUGGAUCAUGAUUCACAGGAAUCGCAACCUUUUAAGUGCUGCCACACUGAGCAUGUUGAGUGAUGAAACCUGCAUUUAAUGUGCAUGUGCUGUGAAUUUGAAUAGGCAUUUUGUAGACCAAGGAAUAUAGCUUUGUGUUUUUAUAUGUAGCAUUGCUAUCAAAACAAUUUCAUGCAUGUCUUAUGCAAACUUCAAUAACUCUGUGGUCAUUAAUUAAUGUGGAGUGACAUGAAUGAAAUUGUAUCUUUUACUGUGUGUAAUUCAUGUAUGUAUGUUAGUGGUCGCAAUUUAUUUAUUCUAUUUAAAAAGUAGUUUGAAACUGUUUUAAUGAGUAUCUGCUGGUACUCAACCAAGUACAAGGAUAAUUGCUGCCAAAUUGAAGCUGAAGUACUUCUUGCAUAUCAAGCAGAAAAAAAAAAGCUUGAGAACUAGCCCUUGAAUACACUUUGUGUUUCUCUUCACUGGAUUAUUAUAUUGUAACGCUUGUGGAUUGUUUGCUGGCAGAUUGUUCUUGUAGCUGCUAUUGUGUUGCAACACAUUCUGCUUAGCAGUUAACUAGCUUGCAUUUAGCCAUCACCAGCACAAGCCAUGUCCAAAUGUUGAAGCUGUGCUUUGCCAUGCAGUUCAAGCUCAAUAUAGUGACAUUCAUUAUAGUUGCAGUGAAAAAUUUCCUAUGUCAAAAUUUUAGUAAAGCUAGGUUCUCGCGUUUUAUAAGUGUAAUUUUUGUUUCCAUAACAUUUGUCUAAUGUGUUGGCAAGGAGUAUCGAUAACUAACAAUUUCAGCACAAGUUUGGGUAAUGAGUACAUCAAUCAAAAUGUUCGGGCUCAAUGUUUGUAGCCACAAAAACUAGAAAAGAAGCGCUGCUGUAGUGCUUGCGUGAGUUUUCACUAUGCCACCACCUACAUGCAAUAUGUACAGCCCUUGUCAAAAAUGCUCAAGGGGAGCAUCUCUGCUCCUUGUCCUCUAUACACUCGGCACAAGUCAGUGUCAAAAUUUUGCAGGCUGCCAUGCUCCCAUUGAUGGCAAAGGCUGUAUAUAUGGCAGUUUGAGUGGUGGGGAGGGUUGGGAAUUGCACCUGAAAAACCAUCUUCCACCUACUCCACUGCUAAGGUAUUUUAGUACACAGAAGCUUUUAUUAAUUAUUGCCACUGCAGGUGAUAUCUGCCUUCCAUAACUUAUCAUAAUUCUAAGCCUGAAAGCCUAAAUCAAGGUUCAUUUGUAUAAAGCAAGAAUUGCUGAGAGUGUAUUGAAUACCUUGGCCAAGUUGGAAAGGAAAUGUCUAAGGUUUGUCAAUAGAAUUGGUGGAUUGGGGACUUCAUUCUGUGCCUAUUCCACUCAGCAAGCCACUAAUGUUUUAUUUACUCCUUGUAAAAAUUGUAGUUCAGGUAUUGAAACAUAGAAUUUUCUGUUUGAGAGAACACUCGGCAUGUAUUUUUAAAAUGAGCUCUUUUAGUUGUGAAUUGUUGAAAUGCUAGUUUGUGUGUUGAGUGGAAGUCUUGGAACACUGCUGGCUCUUAUGUAACAAAUUUCAUCUCUCUCUAAACAUUCAGGCAGUGAAUUAGACUGGCAGCUACAGCUGAGUGAUUCAUGCGCCUUGUAGCGCAAGCCUGCUGGGCAUAGCAUUUCACUUUGGUCUAUGGUGUUGGCACUUCUAAUUCAGCACCAAUUGUUUUCUGUCACACCACGAUGCCCAAUGAAGACUUCCGUUCACUGCACAUGGCAAACCAUUACGAAUUACCAUAGUCAUGUGAAAUAGUGAUACUCUUUCUUAAUUUUUUAUCUUGUCACUUUCCACUGUGUGUGUGAAGCUGGCAUUUUUGUUAACUUAUUUGAGCCACUGAGUGUGGAAUGUUUUCAUUGCAUUUAGAUUUUCUUCUCUUGUAUAUUCUUAUUUUUGUUUAUGCUCUACUUAUUCCAUCUAAACUUGUUUACCAAUGACAUACCAAGCCUCAUUGCUUUCAAUUAUUAGUUGUAACGAUGUAUUUCUGUCUCUAGGUUUCGUUCAUGAUGCAAUGUGAACGAUGAGAUGAACAUGCAAACAGUGUUUUCAGUAGGUGUCCUUCAAAAGCAAGAACAUGAUUGGAAAAGGCUGAACAAGAAGCAGAGUAAGACAUACUUGCUGCUAUGAAUUAGCACAGUGCUUUUAAAUGGUGGCAGAAUAUUUUUAUUUAUAUUUUUUCACAUUUGUUCUAUUUAUGAAACAACAUUGAGGUUUUACUCUUUUCUAAUUUUUCUGUGUGUUCUGGAGAUGACAUCUCAUAGUGACAUAAAAUAGUAUAACUAAAACAAUAAACUACGCCCUGCCUGCUGCAAUAGAUGGUGACAACUGAAUUGAUCGUGAGUUAAUUGCGCGGGCACUGAAUCGAUGAGAAAACUGGCCUCCACAACCCAGAAGAUGCCCAUAACUACCGCCAUCCAGAAGGAGUGAAAAAAUUGACAACUAUUCUACUCUGUUACUCUGUGAAAAUGGAAUGGCAGCGAAAGCUGACAGUCAAAGCUCUCAAAUGAAAAGGGAAGUGUUUUACAUCCGCUGCGGGUCAGCCUGAAGAUAUUGCAAUAUCGGGACGACCCGUGGCAAAGGUGAAGCAGGUGUUAAGCACUCCCCAUACCUGGGCCGCUCCCAAAGAUAGUGCAACACUGGGCCGACCCCCGGUGGAGGUGAAGCAGGCAUUAAGAACUCCCCAUACGUAGGCCGAUCACGAAGAUAUUGCAAUACCGGGCCCACCCGUGCUGGAGGUGAAGCAGGCGUUAAGCGCUUGCCAUACGUGGGUCCAUCCUGAAGGUAGUGCAAUGCCAGGCCGACCCACGGUGGAUUUGAAGCAGGCGUUAACAACACGCCAUACAUAGGCCGAUGCCGAAGAUAUUGCAUUACCGGGCCCACCCACGGCGAAGGUGAAGCAGGCAUUAAGCGCUCCCCAUACGUGGGCCCAUCCCGAAGAUUCCGAAGGGCGCGUUAUAGGUUCCAGAGUCCACAGGGGUAUGCCAUUGAUCUUGGACCCUUUUUGCUCUAUCACCAGGAUCGGCCCACAUGAUGAUUUUUUCUGUUAACGGACGCCGAAAAAAAAAAAAAAAUAUACGGAAGUUAGUCACACACUGCUUUCGCUGUAAAAGGCAGCAGAAUGUUGAUCGCCGAGUAGAUUGAUUUGUCGGCGCUUUAGGAAUGUGUGUGAGGGUUGUGGCGUGGGCGGAUAGGGGGCGAGGGGGGGGGGGUGUAUUUCGCUUAAUUUCGGGGGGGGGGGGGGGCUGCCCCCCCCCCUGGGUACGUGCCUGGAACUGAACAAGUUAUAAAAUAAAUAAAAAAAAACUAAUCCUUCCCAGUAAGAUCGGAGCGCAAUAUGUUUUUCACCUUUCUUUUGUCUGUACAGUUUUUUUCCAACCAUUUAUUAUAGUCAACUAGACAUACGUUAGGCAACUUUUUUUUUUUCUUGCUUUUGAUUGUGCAGGACUUGGCAUACACACGUGCGUAGAAAUUAUUGAGGAAAAAAUGUAAAAUAUGUGUAACAAGUUCUGGUCAUCCAUCCUAAUUGGUCGAAAAUAAUAUUGAUGUACAGCAUUUGCAUGGAAGUUACCUAUUAUACAUUUAAUACAAAGCUAGUGCCUCAAGCUCCCAGCGACUGUUGUUUUUAGGCACCACACUAGUGCAACAUGCCAGUGCAAACAGAAAAGAAAUAUGAUGCUUGAUUUUGUAUAACUGAGUUCAGUGUGCUUGUCUAGUUUUUUGCAACAAUUUACAAAAUGUACAUGCUGUACAGAACUGGAAUGACUUUUUCUACAUUGAAUGAGAGAUAUUGUACAGCAGUGGUUCAUGAAGGAUGUCAACAUCUAUGUGGAUCUAUAUGGUUGUACUAAAUAUGUUUGAAGAGAUUUAGCUGUGCUUUUGUUUGUGAAACGUAUCUUCUGCAAAUAAGAUGGUAUAGAAUAGCUUAUUAUGGGACAAACUUUGCCUGGGGCCAACUCCAAUUUCCCUUUUAAAGUACAUUGAAACGCAGACAUGCUUUCCUUAGACAGCUGCUCAAUUUAUUUUAAUGAAAUUUGUUGCAUUUGAGAGAAAGGUAGGUUCAAUCGAUUGUCAGAAGCAGACAUUUUAUUUAAGUGCUUAAAUAUUUUCUAAGAAAUGCUCAAAAUUGAUAAUUUAAAAAUAUGGCAGCAUAAAUUUAUAACUUCAUAAAGCUGUAAUAAAAACAGGUAUCGCAUGUUUCAGUAAACUUGAUCUUUUAAAAAUACCUGAAGAGGGCACAUUCAUUAUCUGUACAGCUUACCUGAAAUUGUUACAUUGUUUUUGAAGGAUUUUACAAAAAUUCUAAAGCAGACAGAAUUGAUAUGCCGUAUAUACUCAAGUAAUGGCCGCACCCAUGUAAAAACUGCACCCUUGAUUUUUGAUAAGGUUGGCAGUGUUAUCUGUUGUAUGGUGCGAGAAUUCAGAAGCUUCUUUUUUUUUUUGAACUGGUGGCAAAACAAGGCAGCCGUGUCGAGUUUUCGGCGCCUCCGGGUAGCAAAAGCACUGCUUCCGAGAUUUAGCAGCUGCCUCUGAGACGCUGCAGUCACUGGCCUGUGGGUCGUCACCAUUUAUUCCAGCCAGUUGGUGACACGCUAAAGAAAUAGCCAAGAAUAGACAGUCAGUACAACCGAAUACUGUAGUCACCGAGUACUGUCAUGAAGACAAGCACCACCGAAAAUAUUUAAGGAAAAAAGGUGUUUUUUUACGUGUAAUGGCCGCAGCCCCCAAUUUCUCACCCCAAAUCUCGAGAGAAAACAAGCUGCAGCCAUUAAACAAGUAUAUACGGUAUACUGUUCUAAAACAUGUCAAUAAAUUAUGUAUUGAUGUCCCAAUAGAGGCGCUUUACUUAUUGCUGAAUCACAUAGUUUUCAACUUAAUGCUGAUGGCCUAAAUCGAAAAUGUGCUCUCUACUGUCGGUAAAUUUUAACGUUUAAUUAAAAAUAGCAACCGUCAUAAAUUUCAGUGCAGUGUGGUGACUGAAAUGAUUUUUCUAUUCUCAUGUGUUUGGAUAGGAGUGCCUGGGGUGAAGGCUUCUCUUAAAUGAUGUAAUUUUCCUGCCUAUAUAAAUAUUGUUCUUCAUUCUUAACUGCGUUUAUACCUUCACCACCUUGUACCUUGCAGCAUUUCUGCUUCACUUAAUUCUCGGAACUGAAGAGCCAGUUUACUUACUCUUUCAUGUUGUACCACCCCCUGUGACUCUAGUCUCUCCUCAGGCCUCAGGAUACUUGGUCAUUUCAGCAUAUAGAUGUGUCACACUUUUGAUAUCGGCGGUUGUCACUUGUUCUUUGAGUGUGUUGUAUGAUAUUCAAUAAAAAAGAAGCAUACUCAGAA